UGAGAACAUAGUUCGCUUUCUGUAUUGCAUCAAACCUUCAGGCCUGCAGGCCGAUCUACAUGCACGAUCUUUGUUUGACAUCUGAGUCAUUCUUCUAAAUCCGUUGGUGCCAGUCCUCGGCGUAGCACCGAACCUAUACAUAAAGGUUCCAGCUUUUCGCCGAUCCAACCAUGAGGACGGGCGCUUAGAGUUGCCUUAUUACAGUGACCAAUUUCACCCUGCACUCUUCCCAUCCCAAUAGCAUGCCUCAACAUUCAAGAAUGAACCAUGGUUUCACAAACCGAUCUAGUUUGGAAUAUAUCAUCAAUCAUAUUUUUUGCCCCCUCAAGUUGCCGCAAGGGAGUGACCAUUCCCUUGAGAAUGAGCUGGCCUUAUCUCAGGCGGUACUGGAUGCUGCUCUCGCGUUCAGCGACGAGUUGCCGUCCGAUACCCUGCGGUUGCUUUGGACGAGGAGCUUGAAAAUGCUUCGGAACCUCAGAGAUUCUAUCAGAUUCAACGUGAUAUCUGCGGAGGAAGUCAAAUCUCAGAUUGGCGCGAUGUACAACAAAGACGCACUUGUAUACGUAAUUCGCGCACAAAAUGCUGCGGUGGUCAUAAGGAAACUCGAAUCCGAGACCAUAUUUGAAUCAUUCGAACUCUCUCCCGACCCCACCGCCGUGAUGGGCGCGAAGGGAAAGCUGAUCUGUUCAUAUCCUGGACCUGCUAUCACAGUUCCGGAUACGAACAUUGACAAUGCUACCUUUCCCGCCGAGCUCGCGAAUUUUCUCGUUCGCAUGGAUCGAGAUGUCCUCGAUGCAGCAGCGACGAGGACAAAAGCCAAAUCCACGGUUCUCGAAGAGAGGGAUACGACCCAUCCUCGAUAUAUCACAGAACUCCUGACCGGCAUACUGCGUGGCCUUGGGAGCAUUGCUGAUGUUCCUCGUAUCCGCAAGCGCAUCGGAGAUGAUGUGUUGUGGGACAGCGUGAAAUUGCCGUGGAGGCGUUCUCCACUUUGGCUUGCCAUUCGCGUUUCCUUGCAAACGACUUUAGAGCGCAGUCACGGUGCUCUUGGACGAACGACGUAUAAGUCGUUUAUGUUAUUCUCCAUGAUGAGGCUCACGACCUUUGCCCUCGACCAUGACUUGUCGAACGACAUGCUGCACUUCAUGUCAGCGAAGAUUGCACGCCGUCUUUUCAAGCUCGGAUCCUCUGCUCCUUCGGAGUUAUCACAGAUGGUCAAUAUGGUCACCAGUGACGUUAGGAGCCUCCUGGAAGACAGAUGGAGAUCUGUUCAAGACGCACAAGAGGCUUCAUCUUACUGGGCUCCGGAGACCCUUCGAGUCUUGCGAGAUACCCAUCUUUGCUUGAACACGAGCCGCGCGUAUAUUUGCCAAGCUCUACAGAAUCAGAAUACAUCUUCCCAAACAACCUCUUUCAAUCCCAGCCACCACACGCGCGGAACAAUCGGUCACUUCCUUGACGCUGACGCUGGCUUCCUUGUAGCCGCACACGUUGCGGAACCUUCUCUUGCCCUCGCAGACUUUGAGAUGGCCAUUAGAUCAGGAAUAGAUGGCUGGGUGGCGCGUGUUUCAUUUCAGAGCAUUGAUUCCGCUUGUAUCUCAAUUGAGGCGUGCGCCUCCGCAUACUCCUCGAGAGCACUGAAGGCUUACGAAGGAAACCCGGAGAAUCUAUCUAUCAUGCUUAUUACUCUUUUCGACCUCUGGGUAGCUAUGGACAAGAUUGUCGUUCGACAAAUCCCACUCCUGGCAAAAUAUUCUCCCGAAAUCCCAAUGACCCUUUGGGAGCAUUUACUGAUCCGCCAAUCUUCAGCCCUUGAUCGUUUCAAGCAGUUGCACACCUACCUGGAAUAUCGUCAUCGCCAGGCUUGCAGCCGUCUGUCGGAGUUCUCGUCUACCAACGAUGACAAGUCGUUCGCAGUGCGGUAUUUUUACCAGUCUCCAAUGCUACAGAAUUUGAAGCUGGCUGUCGAGGCGGGAGCUCAGAAAGAGCGGGAGAAGAGGUUGACUGAGCUCGAGACCCUCAAUAAGAAGUUCGCUGACCUACAGAUGCGCGCAGAAAGCUUAUCGCAUGAACACACUGUCAGCUCCCGCGGCCAGGACCGCCACGACGAAAAAAGGUGUACCAAGUGUCGCAUGGAAAGGGAGACGCAAUCGAUGACUAUCGCAAUUCACGAGUGGCCGCUACCAUCGCUCGAAACAGAGGCAAUCGCGAUCGUGUUCGAGCUAGCAUGCCCCAUUGCAUUCGACAUGUGGAGAUCUAUGACAUUCCAUGUCCUCAUUGACGUCUGCACUCCGGAGAAAAAUUCGCCCGCUCCUCCCUUCACGACGCUGCCGAGAUAUGGCGCCUUGAAGCGUUAUCACAAGCGCCAUCCCAGGCAGAGGGUGACUUUGGCGUCAGAUGCCAAACCCUUCAGCAACUCGCAUUACAGCCGCACUCGCAUUCCCGCCGUGUACGACAGAGUCUUUGUAAACAAUGGGCUCGUAUUUCGGCCCUUUGAUACCACUACAAAUGUGUGGGUCGCCGACGCAGCGCUGCGCUGCGAUUCUAGCAAGUUGUGCACUUUUAUUCUUCCCAAGGGACCAUAUCACGAUUUGCAGCAGUACCUCGCGCAAACGUCCCAUGCGUCGAAUGGGGUCAUAGCCAACCAGGUUGAUUGUCACAAGGACAUGACCAUUCACGAGUUCAUCGCAUUCGGAACCUUGCGGAGUGGACCGUUACUACAAUGGAUGAAUGUGCUACGCGAACUGCGUGCGAGGACGCUCAAUUUUCGACGCGAGGAAGUCUACCUGCUAUUAGCGCAAGCCGUGUCACAGGUUGGCCCACUUUCAUCUGACGAAGGCCUCCUGUGGCACGAAGAGCUGAACAGCAUGCCCUUCCUUCAUACACUGCUUGGAGAGCUGGAGUCUUUGCUGGCAAGUGUCGAAGAAAAUUGGUUAGAAGGUAUCACAAUCAGCAUCAUAAUCAUGCUUGUGUGCCGUGCCUUGUCCUCGACUCAGGCAGAGAGCAUCAAAAAUCGUGGAUAUUCGCUGCUUCGGAGGAUCCGAACUACGACCUUCACCUUGCUGAUGCAACUAUCGACGAAAAUGCAAGCCAGUGACGAUGAGACAGUGAGUCGAGAGUUACAAGGACGUGUUCGUGAUAUGGCAGUCACCUGUCGAAGCACCUUUGGUAUUGAUGAAGAUGCAUCACUGCUCCUCACAUCGGAUGAUAUCAAGGUUUUUGCAUAUUGUGGCGUCAUGAUUUAUGACAACACUCCAAGUCAACUGGGUGAACUUUCCCAACAUUCCAAGCUCCUGCUAGAGCGAGACAAGAGAUGCUGUCACGCUUUAGAAGCUACUAUUCGCCGAUAUGCAGAGCUUCAUAGAGAGGGUCUUGAUUACGCGAUUGCCGAGAUCUGGGGCAGCUACAGACAAGGAACUCCUUGGAGGGCACUACCAGCUCCAAAUUCUCGUUGGCUUGUGUCGCAGACCGCACCUUCAUGCUGUCAACUAUCGCAAAAUGUGCAUUUCAACCUGGUCAGUGGGUCCUUGCUCGUUGACGGGAAACAGCUAGGUAGGCUCCCGUCAAUGAUAGUGCAACAUCCCACCUACAGAUCAAUUUUCGGUGAUCAAGUCUUUGAUAUCGUUCCGGCGGAUAUUCCUGGAAUGGAUUAUGCGACACGGGGGAAUAUUUGUGACCAUCAGGUCUCUUUCACUCUACGCAACUCAAAUCAUCUCAUUAUUCGUGCAAAGCAUAUUGACCGAGACUCGCCUGUCCUUCAACUCAUUCCGAGCCAACUUUUUGUCGAUGAUCUACCAACGACCUUGAUAACAGGCCAUACUCAUUGGCUCAACCUGCGCACGAGCGAAAUUGAGAUUCGACCAGCAGACAACAUGUGGAAGUCUUCUCCUGAAAAUUGGCUCCUGCAAUUUGCUGCUUUGGGCCCCUCGACACUGCAAAAGGCUGGUAGUGCCACUCUUCUUGACAUACACAGCCAAACGUGGGAUAUGCUCUCCAAGAGAAUGGGUCCUCUGGAGGAUACCCGCGACAUUAUGGUCACAUGUAGCGAAGCAUCCGGCGGUCCUUUCUCCUCGCUGAAGGUUGAAUUACCUCGAUAUGGUCUUGAAUUCUUUAUCGACGAGGAUGGGGAACUGCAGUCCCGCAACAUGCGCAACAUGGUUGUCGACACCAUUCAGUCGACUGGAACGAUGUUGGGAUUGGUUAAUCAGCUGGUCUUGCGCCCAAAGUCGCAAACUGCAGAUGAACAUCCACGCACCAUCAUCAUCCCAGACGGUCGUGUCUCAUACUCCCCCAACCACCAUCACAUCCGGGUUACCAUCACUCCUGAAGGCUCCCGAGUGACAUACCACUUGUACAGGGUUGACACAGAUCUACGCUGUCUCACUGGGAAUGUGGGCCUGACAAGUAAGCUCUAUCAGGCAUUCCUCCACGCUGUUACCAGCGGCUGUAUCCCUGAUCCCCUGACGGGUCGAACAGGGACAGAGGAAGCAUUGCAUCUCUUACAUUCUGCAGCUUGCCGGUCUUUCAUGAAGCUUCGCUCUCGUGAUACAGAUCUUUUGCGCAAGAUUAGUUCGCUGUCAACCAAGCGCGUCUGGUAUCCUACUCAUCUUCGGAAGAUGCAGACAGUGUCAUGGUUGUGCCUUGAUCCCCUCGCGCAGCACCAUGGUUUCCAUCCAGCCGCGAAAUUGAUCAUGGACUACGGCAUGCGACUUUCAACCUUCUCAGAAGGGCCUUCAAAUAUUCAUCCUAGCUUUGAUCUUCCGUCAUUCACCGACCACCUUCUUGAUCGCGCGUCCAUUCGUGCCUCCGUGCUCUACCCGGACCAGUUCUCUCUUCCACCUCCGCUCGGCGACACGGAUGUCAUCUAUGCUUCGCGCGAUGUUCCCGAUAAGCAUGCGGAAGAGAGGGCAUUUCGCACCUCCUUCAUGGUAUACCAGUGGCCAAGCAAGCUUCCGGUGCAACAGGAUCUCCUUAGUUUGUUAAUGCAGUGGAAAGAUAUCCAGGGCAUCGGUGAAUCACUUAGCUUGCGCUACUCCAAAGACUGGCUUCAACCGAAUUUUCCUGAUAUCUUCCUUUCUGCAUACGACCGCUGUCGUACUGCUACGAAGAAAGACAAAUUUAAGUUGGUGUUCACCCUGGCUUCAGCAUCGUACGGCUUGCUGGACGACCAUGCGCUCGUCCCGACGCUCUUAGCCUUCGCCACAGUUCCCAAAAUUCGCAGCCUGGGUGACCUACCGAACUUCGCCUCCUAUCACCUCUCCGACGGUUUCACGCCAUCCAAUGCGAUAUUAGACAGCAUAAUCAGUUCGUGUACCAAAGAUUAUGAAAGCAGCGUGGAGAGAUACCUAGUUCGAUGGCCAUGGGAAGAUGAAAAGGCUCUGGGGAAGCGUCGUUGUUUAGUGUUCGAAGCUAAGUGUCAACACGACCAGCAGCUUAUUCUCAGCAAAGUUUGGGACGCUUGGCCAUGCGAAGAUCCUCCGGCACUCAACAUGCUGCAAGUGACCUGCUACGAUCUCAAUGAGCUGUCUGCAACACUUCGCCCAGUGUUUCGCAGCUGUUGGCAAAACCGUCGUUUGAAGCAGCACCUGGAUGUCCUGCAGUGGAACCUCACUCUAGUUCACACUCCCAAUACUCCGUCGGAACUACCCUCACAAUACGAUCUCAGUUCCCGCCUUGAAGAGUCGGAUAUUGCUUUAUCGGCCUCAUUCGUUCAUGCCCAGUACCUUUUCGAUAAAGAUUCGCCUCCCAUACGCAUGUGCGGUUCUUCCCAAGUUCUGCCCGAUUUCAAUCAGAGAGAUGCGGUAUCUUUGGACUCCGGAGUCACAGCGAGGUUGCAAGAGCUGAUCAAGAACUUUCGCGACGGAGGGAGUGACAAAUUCCGUCAUAAGUACGCUAAUGAUCUGGACCAAAGCAGGUCAAAUUUCUGUGGAGAGAAGCUUGUUACUCCACCCGAUUCUGCGCCAUACACAACGGAAGUACUUCUCGAGUAUCAUUCUCUCCACAGCCAACGAUUCCGAGAUUCACUCGCAGCUAUCGCAUACACCCUCUCUCCUACUUCUGCUGCUGAGAAUGCACUAUACAAUGCUGGUUUGUGGCCCCGAAUUACUCCAAACUUCCUCUUCACUCGCAUGGCAUCUGUGUCACAAAAUUGUUUGGGGAACGCUUGGCGUACGACUCUCGUCCGCCUGUCGCAGAUCCUUCUCCAACUGCAGCGCUCCCGAAGGUUGUUGGUCUUUGCCGCUAAGAAAAACUGGGUGGAGUUCUUCAAAGAAUUGGAGAAUGAAGAAUGCGAGGGAUUUGAUUCCGAGCAGUACACCGAUUGGCUUUUGAUACAGAUUGAAAGUCAGUUCUCGGCCCGGCCUGUCCAGGUGAAGGUUGCGAUGGAGAUGAUGUCACCAUGCACGGGAAGCAAUACUUCUCUCCAGCUCAACAUGGGCGAAGGGAAAUCCUACGUCAUUGUUCCCCUCGCAGCCGCUGCACUUGCUGAUGGUCAUAAAUUGGUUCGAGUCAUUGUGCUGAAGUCGUUGUCGGCUCAGAUGUUCCAGCUCCUGGUCGAACGACUGAGCGGCCUUGCACAGAGGCGCAUUUUCUAUAUUCCAUUCUCCAGAGCGCUCUCUAUCGACGCAUCCAAGGUGCAAAUGUAUCGUGACCUGAUGCAGGAAUGCAUGGACACCAGGGGGAUUUUGGUCGUGCAACCGGACCAUAUUCUGUCGUUCCAGCUGAUGGCUGUUGACCGUCAGCUGUCCCUUCGGACCGAAGCUGCUAAAGAGAUGCUGCAGGCUCAGCUGUGGCUCGACGAUCAUACGCGCGACAUCCUGGACGAAAGCGAUGAAAUUCUGCACGUCCGCUACCAGCUGGUGUACACCGUCGGUCUUCAACGGUCGCUUCAAGGUCAUCCUGAAAGGUGGACGACUACACAACAAGUUCUGACUCUUGUCGCGAAGCACGCUGCUCGACUCCUAAGCGAAUUCCCCUCUCACUCGGAAGUGUCCAUUCGUAGGCACGGAGUGUUCCCCUUCAUUCGAGUUCUGCACCCCACAGCGGGUGAAGAAUUGGUUCAGUGGAUCGCACAGGAUGUCAUUGACGGGGCACUUGACAACAUCAGCUUCGAUCAAGCAUCUCUGCAAGUGAAACAAGCUGUCCGCCAGUUCAUCGCAGUUGAGGAGAUCUCCGAUGACUGUAUCCGCUUGGUGGAAGAUCACUGUAGAGACACCACCGUCUGGCCUGGCCUUCUAGUCCUGCGUGGACUGCUGGCUUGUAGUAUCUUGGUGUACGCUCUCAAAGAACGUCGCUGGCGAGUGGACUAUGGUCUCGCCCCAAAACGAACGAUGUUAGCCGUUCCAUUCCGUGCUAAAGACAUGCCCUCGCUGCGGGCAGAGUUUGGUCAUCCAGACGUUGCUGUCACCCUCACCUGCCUGUCAUACUACUAUGCGGGCCUCACACUUCAGCAACUGAUGGUAUGCUUCGAGCUUCUACUGAAGCAGGAUAAUCCCGCCCUCGAGUAUGAAUCCUGGGUGCAUGGACUUCAGUCCGUCCCAGAUAGUCUACGGCACCUUAGCGGUAUCAACACAGAAUCCGCGGAGCAGCUCCCUGACCUUCAGCAACUAUUUGCGUUCAACAAGGCAGUCAUAGAUUUUUACCUCUCCCGGGCAGUUUUUCCCAAGGAAGCCAAGGGAUUCCCCAGUAAACUCACCUGCUCUGGGUGGGAUCUCGCUCAAGAGAAGUCGCAUCUCACAACCGGCUUUUCUGGUACGAACGACAAUCGCUAUCUGCUACCGAGCUCGAUGGUGCAGCACGACCUUGAUUAUCAACGGAGCACGAACGCCCGAGUCCUAGCAUUUCUUCUGCGUCCAGAAAAUGAUUGCUACAGAUGCAUACCGCCAGGCCAAAAUGUGCAUGACUUCAUUGAUACCUUAAUCGCACAAACCCCCGAGGUCCGCGUCCUGCUGGACGUGGGUGCGCAGAUGCUAGAAUUGAAGAAUCAGGAGUUGGCCGAAGCAUGGCUUAGAGCCAAGCGCGACGCCCAAGCGGCAGUCUUCCUCAAUGAUGACGAUGAACUCGUCGUCGUCAGUCGGGAUGGGACGGUCGAGCCCCUUGUGUCGUCCCCCUUUGCCCAACAGCUUGACCAGUGCGUGGUAUAUCUCGACGACGCCCAUACUAGGGGAACAGAUGUCAAGCUGCCUUCCGGUUUCCGAGCUGCUGUCACGCUUGGCCCCAAAGUCACGAAGGACCGCCUGACGCAAGGAUGCAUGCGAAUGCGAAAGCUGGGAAAUGGGCAAUCGGUCAUAUUCUUCGCUCCGACUGAAGUAGAUCGGAGUAUUCGUUCAGCAACUCAGAAACCUGAUACCGAUGGUGUCGAUGUGGCAGAUAUUUUGCACUGGGCGAUGCUUGAAACCUGUAUUGAUAUUCAAAUACGUGCAUUCCACUGGGUUCAACAGGGAUCGGAUUUCAACACGCGGCGUUCCGCAUGGACCCAAUUCUCGCACGCCCCUACCACUUCGAUUUCCACUCUGAAGACAGCCUGGUUGCGGCCGGAGGAGCGUUCAUUAGACGAUAUGUACGCACCACGCAGUUCUUCGCAGGUAUCCCAGGUUUUCGAUCCAGACAUUCAAGGGAAGUGCGAGGAGCUCGGAGUUCUAUCUGCUCCCGACAGGAGCAUGGAUGAGGAACAAGAAAGGGAGGUAGUCCACGAGGUAGAAAGAGAACGUCGAAUGGAAAGGCCGCCCAGGGCACAGCCUGCACCCCAGAACCUAUAUGCGCACGUCCGUCGAUUCAUCAAGACGGGCCGAAUUCCCGCGCAGUCUUUUGCGUUCAUUCCAGUUCUAUCCAGCCUUGACGACACCGCUGCUGAAUUUCAUGAGGGCGAUCAGUGGGCAAAAAAUGUUUUAGUCACUCGUGACUUCGCUCGUACAGUGUGGACUCUCUCUGCUCAAAAGGCGGAUGAUUAUCUGCGACCCGUAAACUGGGUUAUAUCCAGUGACAUUGAUCGUUCAGUGCUGGUGGUCAUGAGCCCGAACGAAGUCGACACACUGCUACCUGAUAUCCGCAGGAGCAAUGUAGUUCACUUAUGCAUCUACACUCCUCGCACCGCAAACACGAUGCAGGCAUGCGAUGAUCUUCGCCUGUACUGUGUUCCAUCGACGCCGCGGUUCAUACCGCCAGAACUGAUUUGCCAGCUCAACCUUUUUGCGAGCCAACUCUAUUUCUCCAAUUAUGACAUGUAUCUUCGCACUUGCAGGUUCCUAGGACUCAAUGCACCGGAUUUAGGGGACGAAGAUGUGAUAGCCGACAGCGACGGGUUCAUCAAGGAGGAGAAUCGCUCUUCUGCUAGAACAUCGUGCUCAUUCAAGCGAUCCCAACUUCCUGCGCUGAAGGAGUUGUUCGGGAUGAGAAGGAAAGGCAUGGGGUAUUUUCCAACCCACCUCGGAAAGAUGCUCAAUGGCCGCAUUCUGUCUGAGGAGGAUUUUCUGAACUGAGUGUGAGGUUUAUCUAGCCAACUGUACACUGUAUCGACACUAUUCAUUAGUAUCUAGAACGUUCUCCGUAAAUGUAUUUGUAGUGGGACCUGAAACUCCUUAGGUCUCGAUAGUACUUGAAGGGACGUCAAGUCCUCCCAUGCGGAUCAAAACACUUGAGAUUUAAUUCACCGAGCGAUUGAAAAAUGUAUAUUAUUCAAGUACGAAGGACCCGUUCUAUCCCAGACACGUUUGAUAU